AUGAAACCAACAAAUCUGCAGCGAGCUGGCAGGAAGGUUAUUGCACAGGAUGCUGUUGACAUCGAGAAAGUAACACUCACUAUGGAGAUCACAUAUAGCGAUUAUGAGGAAAUGUUCACCAAGAGAAUUCUUGGUGGAACGACAGAAAGCUGUGCAAAAAUAAUGAUGGAAACAAAUACUGUUAUACAGUUCCCAGAUCGUGAUGAGGCUAACCCAGAUUUCAUGCACCAGGUUAGUUUCUUGUUGACUUUCUAAGA